AUGGAAGUGAUGAACAGAUUCAUAGCCAUUAAGGCAUCCAUAGAUGGAUUCCCUCAAGAGUCUGAUUUUGAAAUCAAGACUGAAACACUUUCUUUAUCCAUUGGAGUUGGUACAAAUCAAGUACUUGUGAAGAAUCUCUAUGUAUCAAUUGACCCUUAUCAACUCAACCGUAUGAAGAGUCAUAGUUCGUCGCAGUCGGCUAUAUAUUUCUCUGCCGCCAUAAUUCCCGGUGAGGCCAUUGAUACAUAUGGUGUGGGAAGAGUAGUGGAAUCUGAGAAGCCUGAUUUUGAAAAGGGUGAUUUGGUUGUUGGGCUUCUGAGCUGGGGAGAGUACACCAUUGUAAAAGAAGGUGCACUCUUAAACAAGUUAGAUCCCAUGGGUUUUCCCUUGCCUCACCAUGUAGGAACUCUUGGAUUUAGUGGGCUUUCUGCCUAUGGAGGAUUUUUUGAAGUGUGCAAACCUAAGAAGGGUGAGACAGUAUUUGUGUCUGCUGCAUCUGGAUCCGUAGGAUGUUUGGUUGGACAAUAUGCUAAGCUCUUUGGCUGCUAUGUUGUUGGCUGUGCUGGUACUCGUAAAAAGGUUGAUCUGCUCAAGCAAGAGCUUGGUUUUGAUGAUGCAUUCAACUACAAGGAGGAAACUGAUCUCAAGUCAGCUCUCAAGAGGUACUUCCCCGAUGGUAUUGACAUAUACUUCGAUAAUGUCGGAGGGGAGAUGCUUGAAGCAGCAGUUGACAACAUGAAUACAUACGGUCGAGUUGCCGUUUGCGGAAUAAUUUCCGAAUACACAAACGAUGAUUUCUUUUCGACGACGGUGGAGCACCUUCGAACGGGUAAAAUGAAGGCCCUUGCAGACAUUUCUCAUGGUCUCGAAAAUGUACCAUCUGCUUUCAUAGGACUCUUUCGUGGCGAUAAUAUUGGGAAGAAGAUUGUCCAAAUUGCAGAAGAAUGA